UUUGGGACAUGGUUAUUGAUGACCCUUUUUCUUAUUCGUGAAACUACCAAUAUACCCCCACUAAAGUCAUAAAGAAGAACCCCUACCCUACAGGCUACAGCCCUAAUCCACCACGCGGUCCAAACUAUCCGUCCUCCUCGAUCCGCCUCACCCCCCUCCUGUAUUUCAACAAAUAUUCUUCAAUCUUCACUCUACAGGAUCUAUUCUUCUGCAGAUACAUCUUUUUCCACAAGUUGUUAUCAAACAUGGAAUCUCGAUUAGUUGAUGGAAACUGUAGAAUGAAAGAUUGUGGAGAUGCUGGUUUGGGCAUGUUGGAACCAAACGAUGGGCGUAGAUUGCUAGAGAGUUAUUCCGAUAGAGAGUUUGGCAUCUCUUGUCACGACCUUUCUAUACAAGAACCGUACGAAGGCAUGGAAUUUAUAUCCGAAGACGCUGCUAAAAUAUUCUAUGAUGAAUACGCCCGACAUGUAGGAUUUACCAUGCGCGUGAUGUCUUGUCGACGCUCAGAAAGAGAUGGUAGGAUUCUUGCCCGCAGGCUUGGAUGCAACAAGGAGGGUCAUUGCGUUAGCAUUCGAGGGAAACUUGGGCCGGUUCGGAAACCAAGGGCCAGCACAAGAGAAGGCUGUAAGGCAAUGAUUCAUGUCAAGUUUGAUAAGUCCGGAAAAUGGGCGAUAACGAAGUUUGUGAAAGAUCAUAAUCAUCCAUUAGUAGUCUCUCCACGCGAAGCGCGCCAAACAAUGGAUGAGAAGGAUAAGAAAAUUCAGGAACUAACGACAGAACUUCGGAUGAAAAAACGGUUGUGUGUAACAUAUGAAGAACAAUUAACAUCUUUUAUGAAAAUUGUGGAAGAGCACAGUGACAAACUGUCUAGUAGAAUUCAUCAGAUACUUGAUAAUCUUAAAGAAUAUGAAUCCAGAGAAGAGUUUUUGCAUCAGUCAUAGCCCUGCAUUAUGUAAGUGUUUAUAGUCACAGUUAAUAUGCACUGUCCGCGUAAAAUAUUUUAUAUAAUAAGUGCAUCACAACUAUUCACAUGUAAUACUUUGAAUAUGAUUAAGGUAAAGUCAAACACUUAUAAAAAUUUGAUGUAUAAAACUUCUUUAGAUAUAAAUGAGGAAUCUUUCUGCCA